AUGGGGCGGUGGCUGCGUGACGUCGGUCCGGACUUGCUGGUCCUGGCCGUCGCCACCGCGCACGUCCUGCUCACCCCUUACGCCAAAGUGGAGGAGAGCUUCAACCUCCAGGCGACGCACGACUUCCUCCAUCACGGGUUCCACUGGGCGCGCUUCGAUCAUCACGAGUUUCCCGGGGUGGUGCCCCGGACCUUCCUCGGCGCCGCGGCGCUCUCCGCGGCGACGUGGCCGGUCAAGGCGCUCGUGCUGGACGGCACGCAUCACGCGAACACCAAGAUUGACGGGCAGAUCGCGGCGAGGAUCGCGCUCGCCGCCGCCGUCGUCACGUCCCUGGCUCGGUUCCGACGCGCCGUGCGGAUGCAUCUGGGAGAGGGCGCGGCCCUGGCGUUCGCCAUCCUGACCGCCACGCAGUUCCACCCGACGUUCUACGCGUCGCGCACGCUCCCGAACAUCUUCGCGGCGGUGCUCGUCACCUUCGGCCUCGGCGAUUGGCUCGAGGCGUGCGCGCGACGAACGGCCGGCGGGCGGGGAGGGUCCGACUUACGAGUCGCCGAACGACGGGCCACGCAGCUGUCCAAACGCGCGACGUGCCUCAUCGCGUGCGCGACUGUCAUCUUCCGAUGCGACGUCGCGAUGCUCCUGGCGCCCGUCGGGGUGCACGUCCUCGCGACGCGUCAGCAAACUUUGGCCGGGGCGGUGUGGUGGGGCGCGCGCUGCGUGGCGAUCGCGCUGUGCGCCACGGUCGUCUUCGACACCAUCGCGUGGCGACCGCCGGAUGGGUUCGAGGCGGGGCCGUUUUGGCGCGGACAUCGCGGGGUGAUGUGGCCGGAAGGGGGCGUGCUGUGGUUCAACACCGUGGAGAACAGGAGCGCGGAGUGGGGCACGUCCCCGGCGCACUGGUACUUCACUUCCGCGCUGCCCAGGUCGCUGCUGCUGGCGUACCCCCUCUCGUUCGUGGGCGCCGCGAUGGAACGUAGGGCACGACCCGCGCUGACAUGCGCGUGCUUCUUCGUGGCAAUCUACUCGCUCCUGCCCCACAAGGAGCUCAGGUUCGUCCUUCCGGCGACGCCCCUGUUCAACGCGUGCGCCGCCGUCGCCGUCGACCGAUGCGUCUUUCGGGCCCUGCCUGGCGCGUCCGCCAAUAGGAAGAAGACCGACGGCGACACGUCGGAUGACACGUCAGCAGCGACACGUCGGAUGAAGGGUGCCGUGCCGACGCGAGUGCUGCCCGCGCUCGCCGUGUUUGGGUUAUGGGCUCUGAGCGUCGCGGCGCACUUUGUGUUUGCCAUCGCCGCGCGAAAAAACUACCCCGGCGGCGUCGCCUUCGCCAGGUUGCACGCGCGCGAUCGCGAAGGUCGGGGGUUCGAUCCCGGGUCAGUGCACGUCGACGUGGCCGCCGCGAUGACGGGCGUGUCUCGCUUCGGCGAGUCCGCGGACGAUGGCGCGGGGUGGGUCUACUCCAAGGAGGAAGGGUUAGCGCCGAGCGAGCUGGCUUCGAGGGGUUUCCAGUACCUCGUGUCGGGGUCGGGCUCGGUGCCGGGGUACGAGGUGGUGGAGGCUGUGGAGGGGUUUAAGGGUCUGGCGGUGACGCCAACGCGGUGGCCGGUGGUGCGCGCGCGGACGGAGCCGAUGAUUUGGCUGCACAGGCGUCUCGUGGACGACGAUGAAGACGACGGGGAGGGUGAGGCACCGUAAGUGUUUUAGGCCCUGGGCCAGUCAUUUUUCCAGUUGUAGUCAGCCAGUCCUGUCUCGCACAU